AUGAAGAAGUGUAUUCUUGUAUUGGCUGCUCUCAUUCUCGUUGCCGCUGCUUUUGAUGAUAGUUCGGAUGAAGAUUCGUUCGGUUCUUUCUCCGUCUCGGUGUCUUCGGACGACUCGGGGUCUUCAGAUAGUUUUAUUUCUGAAGAGGAUCCGCUAAACACUCGCGAAUCGAGCAAUUCAAGAGAAUCAAGAGACUCAAAAUCUAAGGAAAGGAAAUCCAACGAGUCUAAACAUUUAAAGAAAACUACAAGACCAUCGAGCUCUUCAUCAGGAAGUUCUUCUUCUGGAAACAGCAGAUCUAACGAGAGACUCAACGCGGACCGUGUCAACAAAGCAAACAACAUGAACAGAGUCCCAAUGUCUCAAUCGCAUCAAUAA